UGCUCCAUCCGCUCCAAUCACUCCCUUCACUUCUUUGACGGCCAGAUACUGCAUUGCUCCUCUUCCUAUAUAGCAUUCUUAGCCCUGCCGUAGGCAAAGAGACAACAGCAACAUCAUGACAUCGCGCUUCGGCGGUCGUUUCGUCUCAUCAAACGCGGCCAACCCGUCCAAGGAGCCUGUGCCCAUCUGGGAGCAGUCUUGGGUACUUCCCGCCCCCAAUGCAAGGAUCAAGGUCCUUAAAUGGGUCAAACGUACGGACUUGCCCGGCCGCACCUUCCCCGAGGAGGAGGACGCGGGUGUCAUCUAUGAGAAGGAGCAGCAGAGGUUGAAGAGGCAGAGGUUGGAGGAGGCCGGGGGAGGAGAAGAGCAAGCGGCAAAGGUGGCGGAACCAGCAAAGGACGUAGCAGCUCCUGCGACGGUCGUCGAGGCGGGAGGAUCAGCCGGUGGGCAGGAUGUCACAAUGACCGAUGCCCCACCAGCACCAGCAGCGCCCUCCGCUUCACAAGAGGCAGUAGCAACAUCAGCAGCCGCAGAAGGAGGUGACGCCCUCUCAGCAGGCGUCACAGCAGACGAGACUCAGGGUCAGCACCUCUUUGACGAGACGCAAGCGGCGCCCAUUGGAGGCGGCGGUCUGCAGGACGAUGCAGACGAGACGAUGGAUGCCGGAUCCAAGAUCCUUCCCACGGCUACUGCGACGGCCGAUGCAACACCUGCAGGCGCCAUCACUCCUGCUGUAGCAGAGGGAGCGGGCAAGGCGGAAGAUGACGACGAAGGCGAGGGCGGCGAAGAGGAGGAAGAAGACGAGGAAGAGGGUGAGGAGGAGAAAGCAAAGCAGGUUGUGGACAAGCGCGCGACCAUCCGCAUUGGUGGUCCUUUGCCUGCCGGUGUAGAGGAGGAGCCGAUCGUAGAAGCGCCUGCCAAGCCUCAGGGCGAGGUCGAGGCUACCGCGGCCGCAGGAGAGGAGGGCAAGGACACCCAAGCAGACCAGGCUGUUGCGGCCGCAGAAGAGGUACCAAUCGCUGCUCCGCCAGCAGAAUCAACAUCGACGGAAGAGCAACCCGCCCCUCACGUCGAAGCCGAGCUCAACCCUUCAGCACCACCACCGCCAUCAGACGCACCAGCGCUGGACGCUCCGCAGGACGUGGAAGGCGACGCACUCGGUGGUGUCGAGACUACGACGCGGGCUGACCCGGAAGUCAAGCAGGCCGAGCAAGCCGCUCAAGGUGAGGGAGGCGAGGUGGCUGCCGUUGUGCACUCGAUGCCGGGAGGUGGGGAGAGGGUCAAAGUCGUGGUGAGCGAGGAGGAGAAGAAGGCGGAAGAGGCGCAAGAGCAGGGAGAGCCGCAGGCGUGAGACUCGCAUGAUGUGUACUCUUGCACUUCUACAAUUACAUUCAACCUCACCUCGUCAUC